AUGGGUGUCUUUGAUAUGUUCCAUGGCCGCAAUGACAAUGGCCGUGUCACUCACUCCAUAGUCGAUACGGACAACAUCUACGACCCUUCGGAAAGCAAGCAUCCCCACUCCGUUGAAGCAGGCGCAGAACCAGGUGAAUCUGUCCCCCCGGCCUAUGAGACCGGUUCCGAGGCCUCCUUCGGCGUGAAUGGUGUCCUAGAUGACGAGAAGGAGCGCGAGCACAACCCGGACCAUGUCAAUGCUAAAAUUGGCCUCGGUCAGCAGAAGGCUGAGGCUGCUGCUCUCGUCUGGAGUCGCCCCGUGGUCAUUGGUAUCUACGCUUGGAUCUGGCUUUGCUUCUUUAUGUUGGCCUUCCACUCGAGCAUCAGCGGUAACUUGAUCAACUUCGUCUUCGCCGACUUCGCCCUCGCCCCGCAGGUCUCCACCUCAUACAUUCUCUCCACUAUCAUCGGCGGUGUCCUUAAGCUGCCGCUGGCCAAAACCCUCCAACUUUGGGGACGUGCGGAAGCUCUGAUCUUCUCUACCGUCGUCUAUACCCUUGGUAUGAUCAUCCUAUCCGCCUGCAAUAAUGCCAACGCUUUCGCUGCCGGAUACGUUAUCUACUGGAUCGGCUACUACUGUCUUUAUCUGAUCCUGGAUAUCUUCGUCGCUGAUACCUCUGGCCUGCGUUCACGAGCUUUCGCCUUCGCCUUUGCGUCCACCCCGUUCAUUUGCACCGCAUUCACCGGCCCCCUCGCCGCCACCGCGAUUCGCGAAAAUUCUGGCUGGCGCUGGGGUUACGGUAUCUUUUGCAUUGUCCAGCCCGUUAUCUUCCUACCACUGGCCCUGGUUUUCAAAUCCUACGAGCGCAAGGCGAUCAAAAUGGGUGUCUGGGAGCGCCGCAACACCGGCCGUACAAAGAUGCAGGCUAUCGUCCACUACAUCCACGAGUUUGAUGUCAUUGGUGCUCUCCUCCUCAUGGCCGCUUUUGUCAUCUUCCUCCUGCCUUUUAGCUUGGCCCAGUAUGGCCGCUCGGAGUACAAGUCAGCCCAAUUUAUUGCGAUGGUCAUCGUCGGCUUCCUUACCCUGUUCAUCUUCGCGGCCUGGGAGAAGUGGGUCGCUCGCACUCAUUUCAUCCGAUACGAGCUUCUCAAGCGCCCAAGCAUUCUCGGUGCUUGCAUUUGCUCCGCCGUCUCCUUCUUCAGCUUCUACCUAUGGGACCAGUAUUUCUACAACUUCAUCCUCCUCACUUACAAUCUGGAUUCGACGAUGGCUGGAUAUAUGCUGCAAAUUUACAAUGUCGGAUCCUGCUUCUGGGCCCCCCAUCCUAGACACUUCAAAUACAUCACCCUGUUUUUCGGCGUGCCUCUCAUGAUUCUGGGAUCAGGAUUGAUGAUAUACUUCCGCGGAGAAGAUCACGGUAUCGGUUACAUUGUGAUGUGCCAGAUCUUCAUUGCGUUCGGCGGUGGUACUCUGGUGAUCGGCGAUGACAUGGCCGUGAUGGCUGGCGGUGGUCGCGAGGGCACGCCAAUGAUGCUCGCACUGAUCGGUCUGUUCUCCAACAUCGGUGGAGCUAUCGGGUAUGCCGUGUCUGCUGCCAUCUACAACAACGUCUUCGUCGAAGCACUCGCCAGCAAGCUGCCUGAGAACCUGAAGGCCAAUGCCACGGAGAUCUACACUCUAGGCAUCACCACACAGAUGGCCUACCCCGUGGGCUCUGAUCUUCGCAAUGCCACCGUCUAUGCCUGGGGGUAUGCCCAGAGGAUGAACUGCAUUGCCUCGACCUGUAUUCUGGUGCUGCUCAUCCCCGGCGUCGCCAUCUGGAAGAACUACGAUGUUGGCAAGAAGCAGAACAAGGGUACCAUGGCCUUUAAUUAA